AUGUGCCGCGGCAUGGCUGGUGCCUUCGCUAACGUACCUGCCAUCAUUCAAAAAGUCUAUGAUAAUCUCACUCCUGGUGGCUGGUACGAGGUCGGUGAUCUCGUCCUCCCCCUUGGUUGCGACGACGGAACCGUGUCCAAGGAUUCAGCCCUUUGGAAGUGGCAUGAUGCUGUUUAUCAGGCAUCGAAGCAAAUGGGUAGACCGAUCGACAGUCCGACGGUUUACAUAGAUGCCAUGAAAGCGACGGGCUUCGUUGACGUGAAGCUGCACGAGUUCAAAUGGCCUCUCAACCCGUGGCCGAAGGACCCGCACCUGCAGGUCCUCGGCGAUUGGCAAUUUCACAACCUCAGCAUGGGCCUCGAAGCAAUCUCACUUGCUCUCCUUACGCGCGUAAUGGGUUGGACCAAGGAGGAGGUCUUUGCGCUGUGCGCUUUGGCGAGGAAGGAGCUUCGCAGUCUCAAGAUCCACGCGUACUGGCGGAUACAGUGUUUGUAUGCCAGGAAGCCUGAGACAGAAGAGGAUGAGGAGUAG